AUGGUCGCACCUACUUUCUUCGCCGCCCUCCUGGGGGCUUCAAUGGUCACCGCCUGUGCAGAUCAUUCGACCUUCCGUUCUGCAAAACUGGCAAAGCGUGCGGAUUACAAGAAACCUCAACAGGCAGACUGGGCGUACGAAGCAUCCUUCGAUUGGGGACGUGUCAACUCAAACUACAGGCUUUGCCAGGCUGGCACCCAGCAAUCACCUAUCGCCAUCGGCUUCAACAACGGUCUUGCGACGAAGCACCAGGUCAAGUUCAACUACCCCGAGGGCAAGACGAAGGGAACCUUUUACAACUGGAACUACGGACCAGCUUUCACCAUCGAGCAUCCUGAAGGGGAUUACUCCGGCAACCCGUCAUUCACAUACGACAACACCACCGUCUACCUCUCUGGCUGGCACAUCCACACGCCGGCUGACCACACCGUUAGCGGAUGGAGGUCCAGAGCUGAGAUGCAUUUCGUGCAUGUCAACGAGAAGGGCACACCAAGCGCUGUACUGGCGUUCAGGCUCGACCCCAGCAGCGCCAACGACGAAUUUUUCGCCCAGAUGCCGCCGAUGAUCGGCUUCAAUGAGACGGACAAGUCGACGCCGACUGAGCUCGACCUCAAUCUUGCACUCAAGGAGGUUUCUUACUUUGGUGAAUUCUGGACCUACCAGGGCAGUCUGACAAGUCCCCCGUGCACUGAGGGUAUCCGUUGGUUCGUGGCACGCAACGUCAUGUUCCUGGGCGACGAACAGUUGAGCGCUGUCUUGGGUGCGAGCACUUACAGCGCGAGGGCUGAACAGCAGGUUUGGAGACACAAGAUCAACGAGUAG